CAGCUUCAUUCGCAUUCUCAGUCUGCGCGCUGCGACCUCCGCUACGCAUCCCCCGGCAAACCAAGGCUGACCUGAUUUUCUGAACUAGCAUCUCGCUUCCUCACUGUAUCAGAGCAUCAUCAUCUGCCUCCUGUGAAAGAUGUCGGACUAUAGGCGACAGUGGAACCGGGAGGAUGAACUCCCGGUAUAUCUGGCAAAGCCCAUCUCGGCGGGCAACCAGCGGCAGAAGUCUCACGGAAUGUUUAGCUCUGUGGAGGGCGCGUAUGACAGUAAGACUAUUGAUUUCGAGCAGUACGCCGUGGGAAGGAGCAGGACCUCGCGGAGCAGCAGCAGGGAGCGCAUUGUGGACGGGGAUUUUGAAGCCUAUGAGAUUAGCGGGAGGUCCAUCAUCAGUUCCCCGCGCGAAAGAGGCGACGGGCGUCCGGGUGUCGAAAUCACGGAUCAGACCGAAAAGGAAUCCCUUAACGAGCGAAACAACGACGAGAGCGAGCGGCUGCUGAUUAAAGGUGGACGAGUGGUCAAUGAUGAUCAGUCACUGUAUGCUGAUGUUUAUGUUGAAGAUGGAAUUAUUAAACAGGUUGGGGAGAACCUGAUUGUGCCCGGGGGAGUGAAGGUGAUUGAGGCUAAUGGCUGUAUGGUCAUCCCUGGAGGGAUUGAUGUGAACACCUGCCUGCAUAAGCCAUAUCUGGGCACCCCACCUGUAGAUGACUUCUACCAGGGCACCAAAGCUGCUCUGGCAGGCGGCACCACCAUGAUCAUUGAUCAUGUGACACCACAGCCUGGAGAUGGUCUAUUGGAGGCCUUUGAGAAGUGGCAGGAAGCGGCGGAUAAGAAGUCCUGCUGUGAUUAUUCACUACAUGUCGAUAUUCCGCACUGGCAUGAAGGAGUGAAGGAGGAGCUGGAACAGCUGGUACAGGAAAAAGGAAUCAACUCUUUCCAAGUGUACAUGGCUUACAAAGGGUUAUACCAAAUGCCUGACUCUCAGUUGUACGAAGCGUUCUCUUUCCUUAAGGAGCUGGGGGCAGUGGUGCUGGUGCAUGCAGAGAAUGGAGACCUGAUAGCACAGGAACAAAGCAAAAUCUUGGGAAUGGGCAUCAUUGGUCCGGAAGGCCACCCACUGAGCCGUCCAGAGGAGCUGGAGGCGGAGGCUGUUUUCCGGGCCAUCACCAUUGGCAACAGAGUCAACUGUCCUGUGUACAUCACCAAAGUGAUGAGUAAGAGUGCCGCAGAGACUGUGGCCAUUGCACGCAAGAAAGGCUCUGUUGUUUUCGGUGAGCCAAUCACAGCCAGCUUGGCAACAGACGGAUCUCACUAUUGGAGCAAAAACUGGGCAAAAGCGGCAGCGUAUGUGACCUCUCCACCCCUCAGCCCUGACCCGACCACACCAGAGCAUCUUCACUCUCUGCUGGCUUGUGGGGAUCUGCAGGUUGUGGGCAGUGGACAUUGUGCAUACAGCACUUCUCAAAAGGCCAUAGGGAAGGACAACUUCACCCUUAUACCCGAGGGAACCAACGGAGUGGAGGAGAGAAUGGGGUUUGUUUGGGAUAAAGCUGUGGCCAUGGGGAAGAUGGAUGAAAACCAGUUUGUUGCAGUUACAAGUACAAACGCUGCCAAAAUCUUCAACCUGUACCCUCGUAAGGGGCGGAUAGCUGUGGGAUCGGAUGCUGACAUUGUUAUUUGGGACCCCGACAAGAUCAAGACCAUCACAGCAAAAUCACAGCAGUCGGCUCUGGAGUAUAACAUUUUUGAGGGCAUGGACUGUCGUGGUGGUCCUCUUCAUGUGGUCAGUCAGGGCAGGGUUGUGUUUGAGGAAGGGAAGCUUCAGGUUCAACAGGGAACGGGACGUUUUAUCUCCCGCAAACCCUUCCCUGACUUUGCCUACCAGAGGAUUAAAUACCGCAACAAGAUAAUGAACAUGCAAGGUGUUUCUCGUGGCAUGUAUGAUGGUCCAGUAUAUGACGUACCAGCUACUCCCAAAUACAUAACUCCUGCCCCCUCCGCUAAGACCUCGCCCACUACACACCAGCCUCCACCAAUCAGAAACUUGCACCAGUCUAACUUCAGCCUAUCAGGGUCUCAAAUUGAUGACAACAUUCCUCGGCGCUCUGGCCACCGCAUUGUAGCUCCCCCUGGUGGUCGGUCCAAUAUUACCAGCCUUGGUUGAGCCUUCAGUAGCUCCCAAUUGACUAUGAGUGUGUGUAUGUGUGUGUGUGUGAGGGAGAGAGAAGGUGUAUUAUUACAGUUCUCUGUUGACAAAUCAUCAGUAUUCUCCUUUCACAGGGUUAUGCUAUAAACAGGUUUGUUGUGCAACACGUGCAUGUUCAAAUAUCACUCCAACUUACCUGUGCAGCAGAUGUCCCAUCCACAGUGAAUAUCGUACAAACUAUUCUCACUGCUAAAGCAUCCCUAGAGAAUUACCUAUAGAUAGCUAGACAAUCACUAGAAAAAUACUCUAUAAGAGUUUAGAAAAAGUAGCAUCUAAUCAGUGCUAAUAUAAUAACACAUUUUGAGCUAUUCAGCCCCUUAUUCUGCCGAUGUGACACCAAGUGUUUGUGAAGUUGUGUUAAAAAUGUCCGUUAUUAAACCCUGUGAAACUAG